AUGGUUUGCCGAAACAGCCAGGAGCCCUCGGCAGCGGCUGCGGGAGGUGACGCGUCCCGGGGUCACCGCGGGGAGGUGGCUGCUGCCUGCCUUUUCCGCUACAAUGUCCUGUCCCUGGUGUACCUGCUCUUCCUGCUGCUCCUGCCCUGGUUCCCAGGGCCCUCCCCACGCUUCACCACAGGUCACACCACCCGCAUCCUCAAGGCUCUGCUGGGGACCAGCAUCAUCUUCCUCCUCGCCCACCUGGUUUUCCAGAUAUGCCUGUACACCCUGCCCGUCCUGGACCAGCUGCUGGGGCCCAGCUGCAGCACCUGGGAGGUCCUUGCUCGGCACAUUGGGGUCACCAGGCUGGAUUUGAGUGACAUUCCCAACUCGGUGCGGCUGGUGGCACCCGAUGUUGGCAUCCUGCUGGUCUCAUCUCUGUCCCUGUGCGUGUGUGGCCGCCUCAGCCCUGCCACCUCCAGAAGGAAUCUCGAGUCCCUGGAGUCCUCUGAGUGGAGGGAAGGGAAGGAUGCAGGGCGGCAGCGGCGUGCGGCCGGCAGGGACUCGCGGCUCAGGAAGCGGCUGAGGGACAAGGCUCACUCGCUGCUCUGGGAGGCUGGCAAGGCCCUGGCCAUCCUGCUGCUGGCCUUGGCAGGGAUCACCCUGCCCUCCGCCUCCUCCUCCGUCUACUUCCUGCUCUUCGUGGGGCUGUGCACGUGGUGGGCCUGUCACCUCCCUGGUGGCCACCGGGCCUUCAAUGUCCUCUGCGUGCUCGUGGGCAUCUACAGCGCCUGCCACCUGCUGUGCCUCUAUGCCUACCAGACCCCCUUCGUCCAGGGGCUCUUCCCACCCCCCACCCUCUGGGCACGGAUGUUUGGCUUCAAUGACAUCAUCCUGUACUACAACUGCUCGCAGCCCAACACCCUGGUCCUCAACACCAGCAUCUACUGGCCUGUGUAUGCCAACCCUGGCAUCCUGCUGCUGCUCUACUACGCCAUGGCCACGCUGGUGAAGCUGCGGCUGCGGAUGGAUGUCAAGAGACCCGUGACACCGGCACAGCCGUCCCCAACGGACCUGGUGGAGCUGGAGAGUUGGCCCAGGGACACUGAGCAGGUGACUGAGGACACCAAGCCCAUGCUGUCCUCCAACGCCGGGAUGUCGAGCAGCAGUGGCGAGAACUGCACCGUGCACAUCCUGAACCCAUCCCGGAGCCGCCUGACAGUGCCCCUGCCCAUGCCAGGCAGGAGGCACCCGGCAGCCUGGCUGCCCCUGCACACCCUGGGCCACGUCCUCAUGAAGCAGAGCUACGUGGUCGCCCUCGUUGCCAUGAUGGUGUGGAGCAUCAUCUACCACAGCUGGCUGACCUUCGUGCUGCUGGUGUGGGCGUGCCUGAUCUGGACGGUGCGGAGCCGGCGGCACUGUGCCAUGCUCUGCUCGCCCCUGCUGGUGCUCUAUGGCAUCAGCCUGUGCGUCCUGCAGUACGUGUGGGCCAUGGAGGUGUCUGCAGAGCUGCCCAGCCCUCCAGGCCUGCAGCCCCUGGGGCUGGUGCACCCCAUGUACCCCUGCAUAACCCUGGGCUCCAAGCUGCUGUUCACCCUCACCUUCUGGAUGCUGCUGCGCCAGUUCGUUAGCGAGAAGGUGCUGACCAGGAGCUCCCCGGCCACGCCGCUCACCGAGGUGUCCGUGGUGGACACAGACACCGGGCAGAUGCGGGAUGUGCUGCAGAGCCUGGGGGAGGUGGUGAAGAAUUUCUUCGCCAAGUUCUGGAUCCUGGUGUGCGCCGCCAAGUUCAUCGUGGUGACCUUCACCGGCCGCCUCGUCGUCUUCAAGAUUGUCUACAUGCUCCUGUUCCUGCUCUGCCUCAUCCUGUUCCAGGUGUACUACAGCCUGUGGCGCAAGGUGCUCAAGGGCUUCUGGUGGCUGGUGGUGGCCUACACCAUGCUGGUGCUCAUCAUGAACUACACCUACCAGUUUGAUGACUUCCCCAUGUACUGGAAGAACCUGACGGGGCUCAAUGAUAGCCAGCUGAGUGACUUGGGCCUGGAGCAGUUCACCAUGUCCAGGCUCCUCACCAGCAUCCUCACGACGGGUUUCUUCCUCCUGGCCUGCACCCUGCAGCUCCACUGCUUCCACGAGCCCUUCAUGCACAUCACUGACCUGGCGCAAGUCCACACCCCCCCUCCGGCCCCCUGCCACAUCCCCAGGUCUGAGGAGCUGCAGGGGAGCCGCCUGCUGCGGGAUGCGGCCGCUGCCGAGACCGCCCAGUCCAGAGACUCUGACACCGAGUCCCUGGAGUCCAACAAGUGGGGGCUGGUGCUGGAGCGCCUGGUCGUGCUGGGCCAGUCCUUCUCGGCCAUGGUGACCCGCUGGGAGGUGUUCAUGAGGCGCGUGCUGGAGCUCCACGUCGUCAAGAUGGUGGCUCUCUACACGGUCUGGGUGGCCCUGGAGGAGGUCUCGGUGAUGAACUUCUUGCUGGUGCUGCUGUGGGCCUUGGCCAUGCCCUACUGCCGCUUCCGCCACAUGGCCUCGUGCCUCUCCACCAUCUGGACCUGCAUCAUCAUCGUCUGCAAGAUGCUCUACCAGCUCAAGGUCGUGGACCCCGAGGAGUACUCCAGCAACUGCACCCAGCCCCUAGCCAACAGCACCAACCUGACCCCAGAGGAGCUGGCCAACUCCACGCUGUACCGUGACCUGGUGGACCCUGCCAACUGGUUCGGCGUCCGGAAGCACUACCCCACCUGGGACUACGUCAAGAACCACCUGCAGGUGCUGCUGCUGCUGGUGUUCGAGGCCGUGGUGUACCGGCGCCAGCAGUACUACCGCAAGCAGCAGCAGCUGGUGGCCCCCGCCACCGAGACCAUCUUCGAGGACAUCUCCCGCGAGCACCUGGACCUGGGCCUCGUCAGCUGCGCCAAAUACUUCAUCAACUACUUCUACUACAAGUUUGGCUUGGAGAUCUGCUUCCUGAUGAUCGUGAACGUGAUCGGGCAGAGGAUGAACUUCCUGGUGAUCCUGCACGGCUGCUGGCUCGUGGUGAUGCUGACGCGGCGGCGGCGCGCGGCCAUCGCCCGCCUCUGGCCCAAGUACUGCCUCUUCCUCGUCAUCUUCUUCCUCUACCAGUACCUGCUGUGCCUGGGCAUGCCCCCUGCUCUCUGCCUGGACUAUCCGUGGCGCUGGAGCAGCGCCAUCCCCGUCAACUCAGCACUCGUCAAGUGGCUCUACCUGCCCGACUUCUUCCAGGUUCCCAAAUCCACCAACCUCAUCAAUGAUUUCAUGCUGCUGCUGUGCGCGGCCCAGCAGUGGCGCGUGUUCGAGGCCGAGCGCUCCGAGCCGUGGCUGCAGGCGGCCGGGGACAACUCCGAGCGGCUGGACCGGGAGCAGGACCACCACAACCCCACCCCAAACUUCGUGUACUGCAAGUCCUACCUGGACAUGGCGAAGGUGGUGGUGUUCUACUACUUCUUCUGGGUGGUCCUCGUGGUGGUUUUCAUCACUGGUGCCAACCGCAUCAGCCUCUUUGGCCUGGGCUACGUGCUGGCCUGCUUCUACCUGCUGCUCUCGGGCACUGCCAUCCUGCGCAAGCCCACCCGCGCCCGCCUGGCGCUCUGGGACUGCCUCAUCCUCUACAACAUCACCAUCAUCAUCUCCAAAAACAUGCUGUCGCUCCUGUCCUGCGUCUUCGUGCAGCAGAUGCAGAACAAUUUCUGCUGGGUGAUCCAGCUCUUCAGCCUCGUCUGCACCGUCAAGGGCUACUACAACCCCAAGACGACGCACAAGGACCACGACUGCACGCUGCCCGUGGAGGAGGCUGGCAUCAUAUGGGACAGCAUCUGCUUCUUCUUCCUGCUGCUCCAGCGCCGCAUCUUCCUCAGCUCCUACUACUUGCACGUCAUGUGGAACCUCCAGGCCUCUUCCCUGCAGGCUUCCAGGGGUGUGGCACUGUUCAAGGCCAGCAUCAUGAAGAGCCUGAACUCGCACCGGCGAGCUGAGAAGAAGUCUCUGGACCAGCUGAAGCGGCAGAUGGAGCGGAUCCGAGCCAAGCAGCAGAAGUACCGCCAGGAGCGGCAGCCCCGCAGCACCGGCCCGGGGCAGGAAGGGGCCAGAUCAGAGCCCGGUGACCCCACGGACCCGUCCCGGCAGAGGGAGCGCUGGUGGCAGCCAUGGUCAGACCAUGCUGCAGUGCUGCGUUCUGGGGAAUAUUUCCUCUUCGAGUCGGACAGUGAGGAGGAGGAGGAGGUGCAGGAGGAGCCAAAGCCAAAGAGGCCGAGCGCCUUCCAGCUCGCCUACCAGGCCUGGGUGACCAACACCAGGACGGUGCUGCGGCAGCAGGGGCAGCCUGAGCUGUCACGGCCAUCCAGCAUUGAGAGCGCUGCAGAGGAUGGCGCAAGGAGAGAGGUGGAGGCUGCUCAGGAGGCUGAACGCCGGGAGGUGGAGAGCAUGGAAACUGCUGAGCGGAGCAACGUCCUGCAUCGGGCACUGAACACGCUGAGGUUCCUGUGGCUGCUGUGCCAGGCCCUGGUGGACGGGCUGACCAAGUGGCUGGACACCUGCACCAAGGAGCACACGGACAUGUCCCGAGUGCUGCGCCUCGAGAGAUUCGUCAUGGCGCAGCGCCUGGCCAACGGAGAGCAGAUCAACGAGGGGUUCCUGCAUGAGCUCUACCUGCUGCCUGAAGAGCUCCCAGAGGAGCUGAGCCCGUCCAACUGCCCCCCUUCUUCCAGCAGCCAGGAGCAGGUGGCAAGCCCGGAGGACAUGGCUGAUGGUCACCAUUUCCUGGCCCUGCCCCAGCAGCGCAGGCGGACUGCCAGUGAGCUCCUCAAGAGCAGGAAGUUGUGUGUCUCUGAUCUGGACGAGGCAGAGCGGUUCUACGAAUCCCACAACCGGUUCCUGAAGCUGCUGCUGGCCGGGUACCGCUGUGUGACCGCCCACUCCGAGCUGCUCUGUUACUUUGUCAUCAUCCUCAACAACAUGGUCACUGCCUCCAUCAUCUCCGUCUUCCUGCCCAUGCUCGUCUUCCUCUGGGCCAUGCUUUCCAUCCCCCGGCCCACCAAGCGCUUCUGGAUGACGGCCAUCAUCUUCACCGAGGUGACGGUGGUGGUGAAAUACCUCUUCCAGUUUGGGUUCUUCCCCUGGAACGGCUACAUCACCGUGCUGCGCCACGAGGGCAAGCCCUUCUUCCCACCGCGCAUCGUGGGCUUGGAGAAGUCCACCCACUACAUCAAGUAUGACCUCGUGCAGCUCCUGGCCCUCUUCUUCCAUCGCUCCCUGCUGCUGUCCUUUGGGCUGUGGGACCAGGAGAAGACGGCGGAGGAGAAGCGGGAGGACAAGGAAGGGGAGAAGGCGGAGGAAGCCGUGUCCGCUCCGCUGCGGUGGCUGAGGAAGGGCUGGAGACGGGAGGCUCCAGCACAGCCAGGAGCCCAGGCAGCAGCCACAGGGCCAGAGCUGGAGCUGGGGCCAGAGGGGGAGUCCAUGGAGCAGGAAGAGGGUGACAGGGCCACAGAGCUCCGCUUCAGGAGGAGGAGGAGGCAGCAGGAGAGGAAGACCUUGGAGAUGGUUCCAGCAGAAGGGGGCGAGGAGGAGGAUGAGGAGGAGGAGGAAGUGUCAGAAGAGAGCCACGCUCACAGGAAGCUGAGGGAGUUUGGCCUGCGCGUCAAGGGCUUCUUCCUCACCAUGGCACGGAACAUGUACCAGCCAGUGCGCAGGUUCUUCCAGGACAUCCUGGACACGCAGAACCACGCGGCCACCGACGUCUACGCCUACAUGUUCCUGGCUGACGUGGUCGACUUCAUCAUCAUCGUCUUCGGCUUCUGGGCCUUUGGGAGAUACUCGGCGGCCGCCGACAUCACCUCCUCGCUGUCGCAAAACCAAGUGCCGGAGGCGUUCCUGUUCAUGCUGCUCUUCCAGUUCACCACCAUGGUCAUCGACCGCGCGCUCUACCUCCGCAAGACCGUGCUGGGCAAGCUCAUCUUCCAGGUCACCCUGGUCUUUGGCAUCCACUUCUGGAUGUUCUUCAUCCUGCCUGCUGUCACCGAAAGGUUGUUCCGCCAAAACACGGUGGCCCAGCUGUGGUACUUUGUGAAGUGCAUCUACUUUGGACUGUCGGCCUACCAGAUCCGCUGUGGCUACCCCACCCGCAUCCUGGGCAACUUCCUCACCAAGAAAUACAACCACCUCAACCUCUUCCUCUUCCAGGGGUUCCGCCUCGUGCCCUUCCUGGUGGAGCUGCGCGCCGUCAUGGACUGGGUGUGGACGGACACCACGCUGUCCCUCUCCAACUGGAUGUGUGUGGAGGACAUCUACUCCAACAUCUUCAUCAUCAAGUGCAGCCGGGAGACUGAGAAGAAAUACCCCCAGCCCAAGGGGCAGAAGAAGAAGAAGGUGGUGAAGUACGGCAUGGGCGGCCUCAUCAUCCUCUUCCUCGUGGGCAUCAUCUGGUUCCCGCUGCUCUUCAUGUCCCUGGUGCGCUCCGUGGUGGGCGUCAUCAACCACCCCAUCGAUGUCACCGUCACCCUCAAGGUGGGGGGGUACGAGCCUCUGUUCAGCACCAGCUCCCAACAACAAUACAUCCAGCCCUUCACCUCCGAGGACUACGAGGAGCUGACCGCAGAGUUUGAGAGCGAGCCGCUGGCCAUGCAGUUCAUCACCCUCUACGGCCACGAGGACAUCGUGACGGCGCGCGUCGAGGGCAGCUCGGGCUCGGUGUGGGGCAUCAGCCCCCCCAGCCGCGAGCAGAUGCGGCUGGAGCUGCAGAACGGCUCCUCUGCCAUCACCGUGCACAUCUCCUGGAGCUUCCAGAGGGACCUGGGCAAAGGGGGCACGGUGGAGAACGCCUACGGCAAGCACGAUACAGAGCUGGAGGCCGGCUCACCCAGCCGCCUGCAGCUGGCCCAGAUGCUAGAAGGCACCAGGCAUGACCCAGUGUUAUUGCCCAAACUCUUCCCUAAAUACAUCCGGGCACCCACCGGUCUCGAAGCUGAACCUGUCAAGCAGCUGCUGCCAGAUGAUGUGGAGAGCUACCUGGACGUGGAGGUGCAGCUGAAACAGGAGCGCAGGGGCUCUGGCCACUUUGUGGAGUGGUGGGUGCUGAGGCUGAAGGACGCUCCAUCCCACGAGGGCAACGUCCUCCCCAUGAUCAUCUUCAACGACAAAGUCAGCCCCCCCAGCCUGGGCUUCCUGGCUGGCUACGGGAUCAUGGGGCUCUACGUGUCCAUCGUGCUGGUGAUCGGCAAGUUCGUGCGGGGCUUCUUCAGCGAGAUCUCCCACUCCAUCAUGUUCGAGGAGCUGCCCUGCGUGGAUGGCAUCCUGAAGCUGUGCCAGGACAUCUUCCUGGUGCGGGAGACGGGCGAGCUGGAGCUGGAGGAGGAGCUCUACGCCAAGCUCAUCUUCCUCUACCGCUCGCCCGAGACCAUGAUCAAGUGGACACGGGAGAAGGAUUAAGGGGAAGGGGCUCCAGCCCCCCCUGACAGGGACAUCACCGCCAGUGCCUUAAGCAGCAUCCCCAGCUGGGGCCGCAUCCCGGCCCGGGAGCAGGGGGAUGUGGGGUUCUGGGCGCUCCCUUGGAGGGAGGAUGUUUUUCUGGAUGUUUUUCUCUGCGUUGCUUUGAAGCCGUCUGACCUGCACAGACCAUGUUGUGCCUUCCCGGGGAGGGGGACAGGAGGUGGCCCCUCCACCCACUGGGCACCCCUGGCUGCCAGGUGGGGAUGGGGGGCCAAGAGCCAGCCUGUGCCCCCCGUCCCUGCCGGCCCCAUCCCUGCUCCAGAACCAGGUUGAAUUCAAGCAAUAGUCCCCCCACCCCAGCUCCAGGAUGGGGGUCCUGGGUU